AUGGUUUUCUCAUCGUCUCAACAAGUGGUGGUCGCAUUUACGGCGGUGUUAUUUGCGUUUGUGGUGUUCCCUAGAAUGUUCGGCGUAGGGUCCGGGGCGAAGGAAACAAGAGGUUUUGAUGCACGCUACAACAGAAAAGGUUGCAUGAAUUAAAAAUGGUAUUGGAUUUGGCAAUGUGACGCCACCGUCAUAUUGUGUAGGCCUAUACAAUGUUUUGCUCUUGCCAUGGUAUAUUUGUUUAGUAGCCUAACGUUUUACUAUGUUCAAACUUGUCAAACUUAUUAAAAACAAGAUAUCUGUCUAUUUGUAAAAGUGUGCAGCAUGGUAGCCUCUUAAGCCUUUAGCAAUAAGACAACUGUCAUGAAUAGGCCUGUUUAUCAUCAUCAUCAUCAUCAUCUUCUUCUUCUCUCAUGUGUUAUUUCCCAGUGGGUCCGGGACCUGGACCAGGACCAGGUGCAGUGAGAGGGCAGCCUGUCAACAUGAACACGGCCGGCUCCAUGAACAAAGCUCAGACCCUGGAGAACAUGCAACAGAUGAAGAUGAUGAUGGAGCAGGAGAUGAAGGGUGACAAAUACAAAACCAACAGCAACAAGGGCUACGUGUUCACGCUGAUGCCACUCUACGCCAUCGGAGUCGGCCUCUUUGCAGCGUACAAAUUUCUGAAGGUAUCGGCUGGAGCAGGAAUUCCACCAUUGAAAAAUGUUGUAGCAAUGAUGAUUGUGAUGAGGUUGCUUGGUGAUAUCUCUAAACAUGCAAGCAUGCAUGCACACACACACACACACACAGACAGACACACAUACACACACAGACAGAGAGCAGGAUUGGAGUAAAGUUGAUUGCUAAUCAGAGCAAACGUGAUUGUGUGAACUAUGGUAAUACUGGCAGUCUGAGCCUGAGUCGACUAAACACACAUACUGCUCAGACUUUAAAAUGGAUGUCUCCCUUCUAUCUCCAAGAUCAAGUCUGCAGAUGACUCCCAAGCCCAAAAGAAGAAGGAUGCACAAGGUCCCAAGAAGUCGGAGGAGACAGGUGUGUGCUGUGUCUGUGGUGUGUGCUGUGUCUGUGGUGUGUGCUGUGUCUGUGGUUUGUGCUGUAGCUGUGGUGUGCCACAAGGGUCUGUUUGCAUACCUUUGUUUAUCUUCCCCGUCAUGCAGAUGCUUUUUUACAUGGUUUUACAUGCUGGUGGCUUUGUAUCUUUCCAUAGAGAAUCAGCUUACAGAGCUGGAGCAGCGGCUAGCGCAAACAGAGAAGAUGCUCAACUCCAUUCUCACCCAACUGGACCCAUUGACAAGUUGGUAAGUAAGCCAACUCACCCAUUAAACUACAGAGCUCCGGUUGUCUUCUGUUUCUGUGUAAAUAUUGCUCUGUAAAUAUCACCCCAUGUAAUUAAAUACAUGUCUGUCGUGAUUAAGACCAGUUUAUCCAAACCAGGUAGUUAUGCAGUUGUAAGGUCACAUCGCAUGGUCUUGAUAAACUGUUGACACUGUCGACCCUGCUGAAUCUAAUAGCGUUUAUCGUAAUGGGACUCUGGGGUGUGUUGACCAGGCACCAAAUGGGAGAUAAUGUUUUCAAAAGAAAUGUUGAUAGAUUGUCAAGUCUAGGUAUUUUCGCCUCUGUACUUUCUCUCAUCUGGUACCUGCGUACUAAACCUGACCUUAGUGAACUGAACUUUUAAAGACCGUGGGUAACUAAAUCUAGUUCAAAGCACAUUUCUGUAUCAACUGGGUGUGGGGUGAAGUGGCCCCUAGGGCCUAGACGUAGAUUUUGAGUCUGUUUCGCAUUUCCCUGACUAAUGGUUAAGAUUAGGAUUGGGGAAGCUGAUCCUAGAUCUGUACCUAGAGAAACUUAAUCCCGGAGCUAUGAACUGAACCUACGAAGGGCAACCGGUCAGGGACUGCGUUUCCCAGAGUUCUGUCCUCAGUGAUCUCACUCUCUUCUGUCCAUUUCGCUCCUCUCCAGUGUCAAGUCUGUGGCCCAGGAACAGAAGAACGAGAUCAUGUCCCAGCUCCAGUCCAUCCGCCACCUGAUGAAGAAGAGAGGCAUGGACUGUCCACCUCUCAACAUUGAAGGUAUGUGACCCCACCUCCUGCUGGGGCAUGUUCAUUAGGCACCAAAUGGAAGAAAACAGACGAACAGGGAGUACCUGCGGCCUCAUUUAUCAAAGGUGCAUACGCACAAAAAAGACAACCCUGCGUUCCGCAUGUUUUCUCGCUAGGGUUGAUAUUGAUCAUAUUUGAACUUUAGGGGAAAGUGUACGUAGCUCCACACACACCUCAGACUGUGCUUACGCACAACUUCUAGUGGUUGAAGAAUUGUAUUGCAAGCAAAUAUUGUUAUUUUGGGGAAGCUGCGUUGCUUGGUGACACAGGAAUUACUGUAAUUAAUAACAAUGCUAAUAAACACAUUCAAGCAUAAUGAUAAAACAGAUGCACAUUUUCCGUUGGUAAGGAGAUCGGUGGACUUGUAUAUUUAUUUUUCUUUCAUUAUGUAAAUCAUAGUCAUAUUGCAGGACAUCUCCUUUUCUGACAUUAAUUGUUUAUUCCUGCUACUAUACAGUGGGGGAAAAAAGUAUUUAGUCAGCCACCAAUUGUGCAUGUUCUCCCACUUAAAAAGAUGAGAGAGGCCUGUAAUUUUCAUCAUAGGUACACGUCAACUAUGACAGACAAAAUGAGAUUUUUUUCCAGAAAAUCACAUUGUAGGAUUUUUUUAUGAAUUUAUUUGCAAAUUAUAGUGGAAAAUAAGUAUUUGGUCAAUAACAAAAGUUUCUCAAUACUUUGUUAUAUACCCUUUGUUGGCAAUGACACAGGUCAAACGUUUUCUGUAAGUCUUCACAAGGUUUUCACACAUGUAUUUUGGCCCAUUCCUCCAUGCAGAUCUCCUCUAGAGCAGUGAUGAUUUGGGGCUGUCACUGCGCAACAGACUUUCAACUCCCUCCAAAGAUUUUCUAUGGGGUUGAGAUCUGGAGACUGGCUAGGCCACUCCAGGACCUUGAAAUGCUUCUUACGAAGCCACUCCUUCGUUGCCCGGGUGGUGUGUUUGGGAUCAUUGUCAUGCUGAAAGACCCAGCCACGUUUCAUCUUCAAUGCCCUUGCUGAUGGAAGGAGGUUUUCACUCAAAAUCUCACGAUACAUGGCCCCAUUCAUUCUUUCCUUUACACGGAUCAGUCGUCCUGGUCCCUUUGCAGAAAAACAGCCCCAAAGCAUGAUGUUUCCACCCCCAUGCUUCACAGUCGGUAUGGUGUUCUUUGGAUGCAACUCAGCAUUCUUUGUCCUCCAAACACGACGAGUUGAGUUUUUACCAAAAAGUUAUAUUUUGGUUUCAUCUGACCAUAUGACAUUCUCCCAAUCCUCUUCUGGAUCAUCCAAAUGCACUCUAGCAAACUUCAGACGGGCCUGGACAUGUACUGGCUUAAGCAGGGGGACACGUCUGGCACUGCAGGAUUUGAGUCCCUGGUGGCGUAGUGUGUUACUGAUGGUAGGCUUUGUUACUUUGGUCCCAGCUCUCUGCAGGUCAUUCACUAGGUCCCCCCGUGUGGUUCUGGGAUUUUUGCUCACUGUUCUUGUGAUCAUUUUGACCCCACGGGGUGAGAUCUUGCGUGGAGCCCCAGAUCGAGGGAGAUUAUCAGUGGUCUUGUAUGUCUUCCAUUUCCUAAUAAUUGCUCCCACAGUUGAUUUCUUCAAACCAAGCUGCUUACCUAUUACAGAUUCAGUCUUCCCAGCCUGGUGCAGGUCUACAAUUUUGUUUCUGGUGUCCUUUGACAGCUCUUUGGUCUUGGCCAUAGUGGAGUUUGGAGUGUGACUGUUUGAGGUUGUGGACAGGUGUAUUUUAUACUGAUAACAAGUUCAAACAGGUGCCAUUAAUACAGGUAACGAGUGGAGGACAGAGGAGCCUCUUAAAGAAGUUGUUACAGGUCUGUGAGAGCCAGAAAUCUUGCUUGUUUGUAGGUGACCAAAUACUUAUUUUCCACCAUAAUUUGCAAAUAAAUUCAUUAAAAAUCCUACAAUGUGAUUUUUUGGUUUAGUUUUCUCUCAAUUUGUCUGUCAUAGUUGACGUGUACCUAUGAUGAAAAUUACAGGCCUCUCUCAUCUUUUUAAGUGGGAGAACUUGCACAAUUGGUGGCUGACUAAAUACUUUUUUCCCCCACUGUACGACAAAUAAUUACCAUUCAAUAGGCCAAGCUACCUGAAAGGAAAUAGCCUAAGCUGCUUGUCUAUUUAAAGUAUUUGACAGUAGGCUAUGGGGUAGAGUAUUUCUGUGCAGGAGUGUGACAUCAUAACCUAUCAAACCUCAGAGCCUAUACCAAGGCAGGAGAUAGAAACGCGAUCAUCUAUUGAUAAACAAAAUAUUGAACAACAGUUUGUCUUUUGCGUUGAAGCAGUGUGGGCUAUAGCACUUAGUUGAACAUUUCUCUAAUGGACAGUCAAUCUGGCGCAAUUCACGGCCAGAGUUAGGCUCUCGCAUGUUUAGUUUGAAAAAGUCACUGCAAAAGAUGAAAACAUUCUGCCAACACCUCCACAGAAAUGUGAUCAAAUUGACCAUUGCCCUUUUUUUUAGAAACCGCAGCUGCCUAGUUCCAAUUCAUACCGCAAAUGAGGGCCUUUUUGUCACCAUAAAAGUUGAAUACACAGUGUUUUCCAGGCGGGGUUGUAAUGUUUGUUCAUGUUUGCGCAUCUAUGGUUCUGAUUAAUCAAUGAAAACAUUGAGCGCCAGUCUGAUCAAUUCCAUUAAUUUGUUGCGUACGCAAAUCCUAGGAUUUCAACGUGCCUAGAGUUAAGUUAGAAAAUCAGCACGGUUGAUAAAUGAGUCCCCUGGACAAAAAUAAAGACAUUUUUGUUUUCCGUUGCAAAAAAACAAAAACAAAUUUCAAUGUUUUCUUUUGCGUUCCCUAUUUUAUAUUAUCCUGUUUUUUUUGGUAUGGUGGGGUAUCCAAAAUGGGCCAGCUUUGAGCACCUCUAUCUCCUAAAUGGUUUGGAAUUCAGGUCCAAAAAGUAACUUUCUGACCAUUUAAUACAGUGAACAAACGUGUAUGGAUUAUUUUUUUAUUUUUAUUCAAUGAACUUUAUUUGUCCUGUGGAAAAUGAGUUGGGCAGGAAGAGUAACACGCCAUCAUACAUGAUCCACAUGAGCAAUAUUGACAUCAAAACAUGACAUGUAAGCCGUAUCUUUACCUGACUCCAACACACCCAUCCUGAAAUGGUUACCUGACUCCAACACACCCAUCCUGAAAUGGGUUACCUGACUCCAACACACCCAUCCUGAAAUGGGUUACCUGACUCCAACACACCCAUCCUGAAAUGGGUUACCUGACUCCAACACACCCAUCCUGAAAUGGGUUACCUGACUCCAACACACCCAUCCUGAAAUGGGGUGACUGUGGCGCAUGGUCGCAACUUUUGCUAUUUUCCAUCUUUCAGAGCCGCAGUGCGAGAGGAACCUGGAUGACCUCAUCGAGUCUCUGGCAGCCCACGACGACACCCCGCCAGAGGGGGUCGCUUCUGCGGCAGAUGAACAAAGUGGUGUCGGGAAAGAGGCACCAGAGCCAGUCCACCACCAGCAUCACCACCCCGAAGCCAAGGACAAGUACUCAGCGACAGACGCUGGAGGGGAGGAGGAGGAGGAGGAGCAGCUGGAGGAGGAGGAGGAGGAGGAGGAGGAGGAGGAGGAUAAAUAUGACAGUGAGGUCAUGCCCUCCUUGGAGGAUUAUUGUGAAACAAACAUUGAGGUCAUAGGGGUAGCACAGAGCAUUCCAGAAGAAAUGCCUACAACUGGGCUCAGACGACGCAACAGGCCAGAAUGA